GUGGGCAGGACUUCCGCCGGAAGCCGGAGUCGUCCGCGAAAUCUCAGAACCGAAUUCCGGCUGGUCGUUCCCCGGGAGGUCUUGGGUGGGCUCUGUGCGGGCCUGGGUGAAGAUGGCUUGUGCCGCCGCUCGGUCCCCGGCCGAUCAGGACAGGUUCAUUUGUAUCUAUCCUGCUUAUUUAAAUAACAAGAAGACCAUCGCGGAGGGGAGGCGAAUCCCCAUAAGUAAGGCUGUUGAAAAUCCUACAGCUACUGAGAUUCAAGAUGUGUGCUCAGCAGUUGGACUUAAUGUAUUCCUUGAGAAAAAUAAAAUGUACUCUAGAGAGUGGAAUCGUGAUGUUCAGUACAGGGGCAGAGUCCGGGUCCAGCUCAAACAGGAAGAUGGCAGCCUCUGUCUCGUACAGUUCCCAUCACGUAAGUCAGUAAUGUUGUAUGUAGCAGAAAUGAUACCCAAACUAAAAACAAGGACACAAAAAACAGGAGGUGGUGACCAAAGUCUUCAGCAAGGAGAAGGAAGUAAAAAAGGGAAAGGAAAGAAGAAGAAGUGACCGGAUGUGAGAGUCAAUCAAGUCUGGUACUACUGUGAUAGAGAAUGAAGGCUUCUAAUUUAUAUCUCAGAGAAACGGAAGCUUAUUAUUUGCAUCAUUUAACCGAACUAUGGACAUCUCUGCCUCCCAUCUUCAGCAUCAGAGUUGACAGUGAAGUAAAUAUACAUCAGAAGUUUGCAUCUAGCUUUUAUGUAGUAUAAAAGAAAAUUUUUUUGCCUUUCAACACAGAGUUUUUGUGGAAGAAAGAAGCAUAUUUUUAAAUGGACAGUGGACUCUACCAUAAGUUACUUGAAAUCCUCUAUCUGUCCUGUGUGUAAAUAUGUUUCAGAUAAAUGAGUUUAAUUAAAGAUUUGAAAUACACAUUUUCUUCAGCAUUUAAGUUAAUGAAAUAAAAUUUGACUUUUGUGG